CGUCCAUCAAAUUCCGGAACUUUUCGCUUUCUUUCGUGAGCCUUGCCACAUCUCUCUCUCUCUCGUCUAGAAGUUUCGCAUUGCACUGUCUCUACUAGUCUCUAGUCUAUCAAUGGCGCCGGGAAAGGCAGAGAAGAAGCCGGCGGAGAAGAAGCCGGUCGCCGAGAAAGCUCCUGCGGAGAAGAAGCCGAAAGCGGAGAAGAGAAUUCCCAAGGAAGGCGGCGCCAGCGACCUCAAGAAGAAGAAGAGAACGAAGAAGAGCACCGAGACUUACAAGAUUUAUAUCUUCAAAGUCCUUAAGCAGGUUCACCCCGACAUCGGAAUUUCCAGUAAGGCCAUGGGCAUCAUGAACAGCUUCAUCAACGACAUCUUCGAGAAGCUCGCCCAGGAGUCGUCCCGAUUAGCCCGCUACAACAAGAAGCCCACCAUCACCUCGCGGGAGAUCCAGACCGCCGUACGUUUGGUGCUGCCCGGUGAACUGGCUAAGCACGCCGUCUCCGAGGGUACCAAGGCCGUAACCAAAUUUACUAGCUCUUGAAAUUGCCUCACCCGGUUUUGUGAUCUACGAUUUGUAUUUUUCCUGGUGUUAUCGGUUCUGUUUUGUCACUCUAAUCUGUAAUGCCGUACGGAAACCAGUUGGAAUUGUUUGUAUUGAGGAUUAUUAAGGAUGCUUAACAUA